AUGGACUUUAUCGUUGAUACGGUCGGCGAUGACGAUCUCCAAGUAAAAACAGAAUUGUUAGAUGAAAAUGACAGACUAUUUAUAGAAAGGGAAACUAGGACUCAGGCUAUUUUAGAUUUAUUUCAGAAGAAAAGAGAAGAAAUUGAUACACAAAUUAAAGAGGAUGAAGAAGUUCAAAAUAAGUUAAAAUGUCUAAAAAUAGACAAUACUUUUGAUGACUUUUUUAGUGAAAUGGGUUGGAAUAAUACUAUUAUGCUCAAAAAAGAAAAGAUGAGUAAAAAGCUAUUUCAUUUUGAGCAACUGGAUGUUGAUACUGGAAAACUUAAGUCAAAGUUGGGAGCUGUAGAUGUUGAUAAGGAAAUGCAAAACUCUAUACUACAACCAGGAAUAGAAAAGUUACACCGUCUUCCACAAUAUGAUGCAAGUGAUAAAAAAUUGAGGGCACUAAGAAAGAAAGAACGAGAGAAGACAAAAGGACCUGGAUGGUUUAACAUGAAAGCCCCUGAGUUGAAUGAAGAGUUAAAAACUGAUUUACAAGUCCUCAAAAUGAGGUCUGUUAUGGAUCCCAAGCACUUUUACAAGAAAAAUGACAUGGAAGUUCUACCAAAAUAUUUUCAGGUGGGGCGCAUUGAAGAUUCAGCUCUAGACCAUGUUAAUGAGCGUUUGACAAGGAAAGAAAGAAAGAGGACCAUGGUUGAUGAAUUAUUGGCAGAUGUAGAAUUCCAGAAAUACAAUAAAAAGAAAUACAAGGAGAUAAUUGAAAACAAAAGGAAAACUGAAUAUAGAACUUUUAUGAAGGAUAAGCGUCAGAAGAAUAAAUCAGAGUUAAAGAAGAAUAAAUUAAAAGGCAAGAAAAAAGCACAAACUUAA